CGUAGAAAUAUUGGAUUGACGUACAAUUCGACCAAUAGAACGACGUGGUGUAGCAGGCGGUCCGUCUUUGUGUGACUCGUUGACGCCACACUAACUUCGCUAACUGUGGGAAGAAGUGCUGUCGUUCAUCUUUCGUUUGAAGCGUUUGAGUUUAAGGACUAAAGCUAGAUACAUUUUAAAACUUAAAACUUGGUUUCGAAAUAAUUCAUUUCCUUUUGAAAUGGCAACGGGAGCUAAUGCGACCCCCCUGGGGAAGCUGCACCCGAGUAUCGGCGCCAAACGAGGUUUCGAAGCCGGGCCUGGUGCUGGCUUAAUGGCUUCCCCCGGCCUUCCGGUACCCUUCCCACCACCCAACUUCCAGCCGCCACUGCCGACUGCUUUCGCCGCAUCAUCACACCAGUUCCCUUCGACCGCUGCUUUUGCUCAACCACAGCCGCCGCAGACCGGGAUGCAAUCGCCAUCAGGUGGAGAUCUGGGGAAGAAGUCCCGGAAGAGGAGUCGCUGGAGCAGCGAGACCCCGGAUCAGAAGACCGUGAUCCCAGGAAUGCCCACCAUAAUCCCCCCGGGCCUCACCCGCGAGCAGGAGAGAGCUUACAUAGUCCAACUCCAGAUCGAAGACCUGAGCCGUAAGCUGCGUACAGGAGACCUGGAAAUCCCCGUUAACCCCGAGGAAAGGUCCCCCUCCCCGGAGCCCAUCUACAACAGCGAGGGGAAGCGGCUGAACACACGCGAGUACCGCACCCGCAAGAAGCUGGAGGAGGAGCGGCACGCCCUCAUCACGGAGAUGGUCCGGCUGAACCCUGAGUUCAAGCCCCCCGCCGACUACAAGCCUCCAGCCACCAGAGUCAAUGACAAGGUGAUGAUCCCUCAAGACGAGUACCCAGAGAUCAACUUUGUGGGCCUGCUGAUUGGACCGCGCGGUAACACCCUGAAGAACAUUGAGAAGGAGUGCUGCGCUAAGAUCAUGAUCCGGGGGAAGGGCUCGGUGAAGGAGGGCAAGGUGGGCCGGAAGGACGGCCAGAUGCUGUCGGGCGAGGACGAGCCGCUCCACGCCCUGGUCACCGCCAACACCAUGGAGAACGUCAAGAAGGCCGUGGAGCAGAUCCGGAACAUUCUGAAGCAGGGCAUCGAGACGCCGGAGGACCAGAACGACCUGCGCAAGAUGCAGCUGAGAGAGCUCGCCCGUCUCAACGGCACACUGCGUGAAGACGACAACAGGAUCCUGAGGCCCUGGCAGAGCUCUGAGCCCCGCAGCAUCACCAACACCACCGUCUGCACCAAGUGUGGGGGAGCCGGCCACAUCUCCUCCGACUGCAAGUUCACCAGCACCUUCACCCCACGCACAGGGGAGCCCCAGUCAGCGCAGGACCGCGCGCGGAUGGAUAAGGAGUACCUGUCACUCAUGGCCGAGCUGGGGGAGGCCCCGGUCCCCUCCUCCUCCGGGGGCCCCUCCCACAACCCCUCCAGCGGCCGCAACUCGGGCCCCAACAGCAACCAGGGCCCUCCGAGCCGCCCUCCCUGGAUGUCGUCCGGCCACUCCGAGAGCCGGCAUUAUCCCAGCAUGCACGGCGGCCAUGGGAGCCAUGGCGGCCAUCACAACUUCCCACCGCCGGGGCCCAGUAUGGGGGGGCACCCCAUGCCGCCCAGCCACAACGGGCCCCCUCCCCCCUGGAUGCAGCCGCCCCCUCCCCCGAUGAACCAGGGCCCGGGCCCCCACGGACCCCCGCCCAUGGGUAUGCUGCCCCCUAUGGGCCUGAUGCCCCCACCGCCUCCACCUCCCAACGGGCAGCCGCCCCCCCCUCCCUCCGCUCCCCUGCCGCCAUGGCAACAGCAGGCCCCCCCACCUCCCCCCGCCAGCAGCAUGGGAACCAGCGCCCCGUUGCCCUGGCAACAGAACACCAUCACCACCUCCAGCCCGGGCUCAGGGACCCUGCCCCCCUGGCAGCAGCAGCAGUCUGGGGCUGGAGCCUCCGGCCAGCCCCCGCCCCCCAUGGGCACCCCGUCCAUGGUGCCCCCUCCCCCGGGAGUCCAGCCCCCCCUGCCCCCUGGAGCACCCCCUCCUCCCCCGCCCCCGCCGCCCGGGUCAGCGGGCAUGAUGUACGCACCCCCGCCCCCGCCCCCGCCCAUGGACCCCGCUAACUUUGUCACCAUGAUGGGCAUGGGGGUGCCCGGCAUGCCCCCCUUCGGCAUGCCCCCGGCCCCUCCCCCGCCGCCCCCCCAGAAUUAGACGCCUUUUACUUUUACCCCCCUCCCAGACCCCCUCCCACCACCCUGAGAAAAUUAGGCUUGCAGCCAGGGCAGCACCUGUAAGACCAUUUUACACACACACACACACACACACACACACACACACACACACAGACAUGCGCGUAUACACGCACACACAUAUGCACCUGCACCUGCACACAGACAUGCGUAUUCACACUCGCACCUGCACACACGCACACAGACAUGCAUAUUCUCACACACUCACAGGCACACCUUGGGACUGCCUUACAAAGAAGACCACCGUUUAAACAAAACCAGCUGGUGGGGUGAAUCUGUCGAUGUACGCAAUGCCACGGUCUCCAUUUUUAAAAGGAAGGAAGGAAAAAAAAAAAAAAAAGUUCCUGUAAGCUCUUCAGCUCGGUUUUGUUUCUGUUUUUGUUUUUUAAUAUUGUUCUGUAUUUGCUUAGCAGACAUCGUUAUUCAGGGGGACUUCAAUAACGUACUUUUAAAAACAAGAAAAACAAACUCUGUUCUCCAUUUAUCCAGCUAGGUAUUUAACUAAUGCUGUUCAUAUCGUGUAAAACCUUGAAUUAAAUGGGGACAGUGCCCCCCAAGUAAGAUUUGUACCAAUGACCUUCUACUUGUACACAGUUUCCUAGUAAUCCUACUACCCAUAAUGCCUUUCCCUCGCCCCCUCUUGUUGUGUCUAGAUUGUCAUAAUCUAUAGACCCUUCUGUUAUAGGGGUAGGUAGUUUAGAAAACUUGCUAUCACAACAGUAAAUGAUAAAUGUGACUGGAUGAUACAUUUUGCUUAACUUAUUGACUGUGUUAAAGGGUUAGGCAUUAUUUGGAUAACCCCCCCCCCCCCUCCCCCCAGUCAUCACAGUGCAGCUUGGGGCAGGGUUUUGAACAAAUUUAAGUUCCACAAAAUGCUCGGAUCAAGUACAGGAUAACUGGGCCUAUUGAUUUCACUUUGUGUGGAUAUUUUAUUUUUCUCAUUUAUUUUCUGUGGUCUCCCUGCAAUUGAAUAAAUAACCUGGUUUCCUUAAA